UCAUCACUAAGAAGAUCAGGGAAGAAUUAAUAUAACAAAAUUAUGCCAACCACCGAAGCCUUGGUCGUGUUUAUGGUUCUAAUAUUGGUCUCAUUCCUAUGUCUAUUCAUAAGAUUUGCUUAUGACGCCAUCUCAUACUACAUUCUAACUCCCCUACGCAUCAAGAGGAUAAUGGAUAUGCAAGGAGUCCGCGGCCCUGAACCCCGAUUUCCACUCGGCAACAUCUCCAACAUAUCCUCUCUCGUCUCGGAAUCCACCUCCAGUUGCAUGAGUGGCAUCAGCCAUGAUAUUGCCGGCCGCCUUCUGCCACAUUACAUCCACUGGUCCAAACUAUAUGGAAAACGUUUCAUAUACUGGAACGGAUUCGAGCCCCGUUUAUGCUUGACUGAAACAGAGCUCGUCAAGGAAAUGCUGUCAAAGUACAGCAGCGUAUCAGGUAAGUCAUGGCUUCAACAGGAAGGCUCGAAAAAUUUUAUUGGCAGAGGAUUAUUAAUGGCUAACGGUGAAGAUUGGUACCAUCAACGAUGCAUUCUCGGCCAGGCAUUCACUGGAGUAAAGCUCAAGGCUUAUGCAGAGUAUGUUGAGAAAUGCACCGAGGACAUGCUGCAGUGUAUGCGAAAUGCGAUGGCGUUGGGCCAAACUGAGUUCGAGAUUGGAGGGUUCAUGACGGAGCUGACAGCGGAUAUAAUUUCUAGGGUAGUGUUUGGGAGUAGCUACGAGAAUGGAAAGCAAAUAAUUCAUAUGUUAACGAUUCUUCAGCGCCUUUGUGCUCAAGCAAGCCGGCAUCUAUGCCCUCCUGGAAGCCGGUUCCUUCCGAGUAAAUACAACAGAGAAAUAAAAGCACAGAAGACUGAAUUGGAGAGGCUCUUGAAGGAAAUUAUCGAGUCCCGUGAAGAAUCGAUCGAGAUAGGGCGGACAUCCUUACAGGGGAACGACAUUCUCAGUCUUCUAUUACAUGGGAUGCAAAAGAAGGGAGAGCUAAAUCUUCAACUAGUAAUGGACCAAUGCAAGACAUUUUUCUUUACUGGACAUGAAACAACUUCCCUUCUACUCACUUGGACGAUCAUGUUGCUCGGUAGAAACCUGACUUGGCAAGAACGAGUUCGUGCUGAAGUAAUACGGGUUUGUGACGGACAGGCCCCCUCGGUCCAUCAUCUAUCCAAACUUACUCUGCUUCAUAUGGUAAUUAACGAGUCAUUAAGGCUCUAUCCCCCAGCAUCAAUUCUUCCUCGAAUGGCAUUCGAAGAUAUCACCCUCGGUGACCUUUGCAUCCCCAAGGGAUUAUCCGUAUGGAUCCCAGUGCUGGCAAUUCACCACAGCAAAGAACUAUGGGGAGAAGAUGUCAAUGAGUUCAAUCCCACACGGUUCGAGUCCUCUAAGUCAUUUUCGCAGGGCCGCUUCAUCCCCUUUGGCGUGGGGCCCCGAAACUGCAUCGGCCAGUCUUUUGCCAUGAUGGAGGUUAAGAUCAUACUCGCCAUGCUAUUGUCAAGGUUUCGCUUCAGAGUUUUGGAGACGUAUCACCAUGCUCCAGUGAUAAUCCUCACGAUAAAGCCCAAGUACGGGGUACCAAUAUGUCUCGAACCCUUAAACCCGUGAAAUUAACCACAAUAAUUCGUUCCCUUUUUCUCCAUGGCUGGAGAAGGAACCUGACCCUGAACUGAUGUAUCUAACAUGAGAAUCAUGAAAUAUGUUUUUUCACGUGUUGUUAUUAUUUUCUCAUAUUGGCGGUUGGCAUGGUAAAACCGGAAUUCAACGACUGUUUUCAUAUCUGUUAUCUCAAACUAUUGACAUAUUUUGGAAGAGACGCCGAGAUAAUGUUCGUGGUUGUUCCGAAACUCAUGUGCAAUAUUUGCACUAUUUA